UUUAGAUUAUUUCAAGAAAACGGAGAUUUAAUCACCUUAUUUGAAAAGUUCCAGUACCUUCGAACACAGGAGUCACAACUGGAGAGUCUGGAGUUGGCCCAACACGCAUCCAUCGUCAUGGCAACACUGGAUGAAGGAAUACGUUCCUUGGAUAAAGUUGACUAUUUCAUUGACUAUCUUCAUUCUGUGGGAAAGCUGCAUACGAAGAUUUCAGGAUUCAAAAAGGAAAACUUUUGGAGAAUCGAAGAGCCAUUCCUUGCAGCUGUUAAAGAGACUUUAGGAGACCGCUACACUGAAAAUAUGGAGAAUAUUUAUAAAAUUACCAUACGUUUUAUCCUGGAGACAUUGACCAAAGGCUUUGAACUGGCUGAAGAAGACAACGAGAAAGACAAUGUACUGCCGAAUAGUAUUUAAUGGUCAAAAGAAAAACAAUAUUUUGUAAAUUUACAGUUGCUGACGAUUUUGUUUUAUCUAUAAACACCCGUCCGCGAUCAUUUGGAAAUAAUACAAAGAUCAGAGCCAAGUUUGAUAAAUACCUUGACUUUGGUGGAAAGUUGCCAGAAUAUUAUGUUUCAAGAAAAAACGAUAGGUGGAAUAUUCUUGUCACAAGACAAGAAGAAAUUCCGUGAACAGUGCUCUCUGACGAGGUCAUCAAUAUAUUUACUUUAUUUGACCUUCAAUAAAUGACCUGCGUUUUGCGAGGUUAAGGUAUAUGACUAUAGAUUCUUUGGAACCAAAAAACAGAAAUAUUUUUCUUUGGCGAAACGAAAACCAUCAUCAUCCUAACUCUUGCUGCCAAUGUGACACAGCUUUUCAUCAACUGUCUUGUUUUGUGCUGUAUCAGAUAUUCGUGUACAUUAAUAUUUUGGUGUGUCUUGUUCGAGAUCUAUGUGGAAAAUUCACCGCGUAUAUUUGGUUGCAAAUACUAGGUUUAACUAACACUUAUAACUAUUGUUUCGAUUAACUGAAAAGUGACACUCUACCUUAGUUAAAGUAUAUCAUACACUAAACUCACCGAUGCUAAAAAGACACAAUUCUGUCACAAGUUUUAGCAGAGUGUUUCAAAAUAUACAAAGUUUAAAAUGCAGCGCUACCAUUUAAAUUUAGUGACACUAAAACAAAACGUUUUUUAAUAACGUUUAGAUUGACUGUCAUGUAGGUGAAGAUCUAUAUAAAAAAGUCGUGAUAAUAAUAAAUUUGUCAGAAACCUAAAUCUAUAUAUUAUUUUAGAAUAUUUAGAACAUAUGAUUAUUUUUCUAAAGAGGGUCUUAGAUUUCUAGUUUUCUGAAACAAUAUCUUUUUUAAACUAAAAUCUUAUCAUAUAUAAAUGUACACUCACAUCUUCAGUAAUGUCUGAUGCUCCCUAGCAACUAAACUUCAAUGUAUAAUCAUCAUUUUCUGCUUUCCAUAGUGUCUUUUACCAUGACUACUGAAACUAGAAAUUGUUUUCUAGCUUCUCCGUUAAUAGUUUCAAAGAAAACCGAACUUUCCUGUCUUAUGAUAAGUGAAAAAUCGUUUGAAAAAGUUAUUUUUCAUGACACUAGUCCUCAUUAUUUAACUGAAGUUAUUUUUUAACAAACCGUCGUUGUUCAUAAAAUUCUGCUUCUCUGAGUCUUAACUAUUCAAUAUAACCUUGCAUUUAGAUUCUAAACUGUAUCAGUAAAAUAUUACCACAAGCAAACAUUGUUUAUCAUUAAUUAAUGUUGUUCUACAAGACGUGAAAAGAAAACUUGGAUAAAAGAUAACAAAGAAUAAACUGACACAUCUAAAUGAAGACAUUUUAUAGUUUUAAUUUUGGCAACGAAGUGUGUCUGCCCGAAACGUUGCACAAAAUAAAACUAUGAAAAGUUUUCAUUUCGGUGUGUCAGCUUAUUAUUUGUUAUAUUUUAUCCAAGUUGUUCAUCGUAACCUAUACAGUAAGACGAUUUUCCUAUUGUUUGAUGUGACAAGAUGUUUCUUUCUAUGCUAACCAAUGUGAUUAUUGAAAUGGAUAACAAUGUUCUAUGUAGGCCUGGAAAUACAUUUUAUAUACAGGGUGGAAAAAAGCAACUACCCACCUGUUUUAUUUACAAUAUAGUUUAA